GUUUUUGUUACUCGCACGGCGAACAACGCGGCGCGCUUGCGUCUCGAGACUAAAACAGCUCAUUUUUUGGGGGAAAAGUGCUUCAGACAAAUUUACGUUACGCCGAUCGUCGCGCCCUGACUGUAAAUGCAAUAACAAUAAAUAAUCACAAUUAACAGUUACUUCAACAUUGACAAACACAUAAUAGCACACACGCACGUCAAAGAGCUAAAAAUACGCAAAAUACAAUUGUUGAUGGAUAAUAUAUACGCGUGAUGAUAGCAAUUACAUGGUAAAAAUAAAAGGCCGCAAAAGUGUGAACUGGAAAUAAAAAUAAAAAAAUCGAAAAGAAAUCACAAGGAAAGAAAAUGCAUCGAUGUUGUUGCAGUUGGAAGACGACGCUGACGCUGCUGCUUGCAGCGUUGCUGAUGGCGGUCGUAAGGUCAGAGGAAUGCGGCCAGGAGGAGUUCACAAAGUGCGCCGAACCACUUGAAAUGCUGCAUUUAACGUCGGAAUUUUCGAUUGGCGCUGCCAAAAAGGAGGAACUGGAUAAACUUUGUCAUGAGCUGAGAAAGGGCGUGCGUUGCAUUCAGAGCUAUACGCGUCGCUGCAUGGAUCUGCAGCAGCGAAAUCAAUUCAAUAAGCUCUACCAUGGCACCAAUCAAUUCAUACGGGAUCUGUGCAAUAAAGGCGAGUUCCAGGAGGAGUAUCUGAAGCAUGCGCCCUGCUCGGAAAUGGCCAAAAAGGAUUUCGAGGUGUGCGCCAAUCGCUACAAGGAGACCAUGGUCUUUCUCAAACCCAACAAAAAUCAGGAGAAUCCCGAGAAUGGCACGUUCAAUGAGAAUAUUAAAACAAUUUGCUGUUCUAUAAAGGAGCUGGUUGACUGCUCUGAAAAUGCAGCGCGCAAGAUUUGUGGCAAUGAGGCGGCCAAGUUUACACGGGAGCUGGUCGAUAAAUACGCAAACAGUUUAACAAAGAUAUAUUGCGAAGACUUCACGCGGCAUCCACACGCAUGUCGCGAUGGGGAUGGCGAUGGUGCAAGUGCCAUAAGCCAAAAUACAUUGGGCAUACUGAUAUCGGUGCUGUUGCUGCUGCUGGUCAGAUAGAUGGAGAGGAUUGCUAAUCAAAAACCAAAAAAAAAACAGUUAAGUUUAUUUUUGAAGUGCGUUUAUUGCAAGUUAGCAGACAAGCCAACAAAAUAUACACACACACAAACACACACACACAUUAAUGAAAAUAUACAAUAGUUAAGGUUUCUAGCAAAAAGAAAAAAAAAACAAAAACAAAAAGAAAACCAAAUAUUUCGGUAAUUUUACUAGGCAAGUUAUUUGUUGCAUACAUUAUGCGAGCUUUGGUUUAGGAUUGCCAACGGAGACGAAUGAUGAGUGUAGUCUACUUAUAAAGUACACACAAACAUAAACAUAAAUGUUAAGCGUGUUAUAUAACAUAAUGCAUAUAUACAUAUACAUAUAUAUAUAUGUAACUGUACAGUUGCAGCCGGUUAGUUGUAGGAUGGUCUUUAUAGGUUUUAGAUUAGUGUCUACCAAUUGUAUGUUGAACGUUUAUUUCACAAUAAAAUAGCACAAAUGUUUUUUGCAGUUGGCAAACAAAAUACACAAAAUCGAGUGCAAUAAUACGUUAGUUGAGUUUGUUGCAAUCAAGUUGCCACUUUACUUAGGUAUAUAUUAAAAGUUUGGAAAACAGUAGCAAAUUUUGAGCUCAAUUCUAAUCAAAUGUUUUAGCUUAAAUUUCAGCAGCUGGAUUAUGAUUAUGAUGCACCCAAGCACACACACACGCAUAAUCUAACAGCGACAAGCCGCAACACACACACACACACACACAAACACACAUACACUUACACACACCGACACAUACAUAUCGGCAAUGAAUUAAUGUGCAUUUCUUAAUGAAUUUUAUAAUUAUUUCUAAAGGGAAUACUUAAUUUAGCAACUACGUGCAUUAUGUAUAACUAUUUAUUCAACUUUAUAAUAAAGUUGAGCACUUAUUUAAAGACACCAAAAUGUAAAUAUGCUAAAAAUGUAUUAAAGUUUACAGUAAAGAAAAAAUGGACAAACAAAUGAAUUAAAUCAAUAUAUGAUAAUGGGAUACAAAUAUUGCAAGCAUUAAAAUACGACAAAACAAAUAUAAAAAAAAAACAUUAGUUUAACUUAAACACUGUGAAUAUAUUAUGAUUAAAGAGCCACAUUUAUUUUAAGUAAAAACUAUACACACACAAGAAAAAAAUAAAUAAAAUAAACAAAUGAAAACCAACACACACACGCAAAAAAAGUAAAAACAAUAAAAUGAAAAUAAAUUAACAAAAAAAAAAUA